CAUCAAUAGCCAAUCGGCUUGUUCGCUUCUUCUCCACACCGUAUUUUCAUUGGUCACAAUCUGAGCGUGUUUCAUGCUGAUGUCGCCUAGCCAUCUAGCGCUUAGCUUCCAGCUAAUGUUAACGCUCAUCAUUCCCGCUCGUUUGACUGUAGAAUUUAUUAACUAAGACUUGCAAAACAUUGAACGAAUCGUAUCUCUUAUUGGUUAUUUCGCUGUUGACGAGUCCUUCACUGUGAUAGCGAUGAUGAAUGGAAACCUCUCCUCGGCUGUGUGGAGAUGACCCGCCACCCCUUCGGGAAUGGUCAGAAUGGGGCCAGAUGUGCCCCUUCUUAAUGAGUACAAGCAGGAGUUCUUCUGGAAGCGCUUCCCCCAGACGGUGUUGGGAGGUCCUCGCUUCAAGUUGGGUUACUGCGCCCCACCAUAUGUAUACGUCAAUCAGGCGGUCUUGUUCUUGACGCCAUGGCUUUUCGGGGGCAUUGGCACUCUGCUCUGCCAGCUGCAGCUGCUGUACGAGCUCCACGCCGCCGUGCUCUCCGGCACGCUUAUGUUCGCGGCUGCAGCUGGCGUCCAGGCCCUGGCGUUGUAUGCCGCUCGCAGGAGUGGCACCGUGGAGAGACUUGGAGCACCCAACAUCCUGGUCGAUGAAGAGGAAGUGGAGUUCACCCACUGUGUCAGCCCGGAGACUGUUCGAUUCAUCGCCCCAGGGAAGCGGUUUGGGCUGAAUGUGGUUCUCCACACAGUUGUGGCUGGAGUUCUCUGUGGCUUUGGGACAUGGUACGUGUUGCUGGGCAGGCUGACUGCCCUCUACGGCAGCAUCGGUGUGUCCAUGGUUGUCUUUGUCCUCAGCUGGGUGACUCUGUGUAUAGCUGAGUAUUCCCUCAUUGUGAAUACAGCUACAGAAACAGCCACUUUCCAGGCACAGGACACUUAUGAAAUCACUCCACUUAACCGACCCCUCUACAUUUUUAUUUUCAUCGCUGUGGACUUGACUGAUCGGUUCACGGAUCCUGUUCCUGAACUCCAUCUUGCCAGCCAGACUCUUCACGUGCUGUUCCUCUUCCUACCUCUGCUUUGGGCACUCGGCAUACUCCCUCCCCUGGAUGCCCUGCUCCUCUGGGGCAUGGAGCAGGCUCUGGUGUUUGGUUUAGGAGGCUCGCCCAUGUCGAGCAACCUAAGGCUGCUCCUAAUGUUUGGUGUCUCCACCGGCGUUGCUGUAUGUAAUUACUUCAUCCCAUCAACACUGGGUGUGGUUCUCUUCUCCAUCUCUACGGGAUUUCUUCUCAGCUUGGACCUCAGCCAAGUUGGCACGCUCUGCAGAGGUCCCAGUGCAGCCUUUAAAAACCACGGAUUGCGCAGAGGGGGCUCGCUACCUCCCUCUCCCACUUAUUUUGGCUGGAAUCUUGGCUGCAGGGAACUGCUGCUCUAUUUGAGCCUGCUCCUGGUGGCGAUGGUAGAGGCAGGACUGUUGCUUCAUUUUCUUGGUUCAGCUCUGGCCCAGAGCUUGAUCACAGGACCCCAAGGUCCUAUAAGCUACCUCCUCCUCGUACUCUUCUUCCUCUGCUGGACUCUAAGAGAGAUCCAGGGGGCUUAUAUUUUUGGAGGCGUGUUCCUUAACCCUUUUUACCCUAAAGGCAUGUCCAAUGUGCAAACUUUCAAACAAAAGAAUAAAGGAUUGUACAUAGCUGCUGCUAUCAGGAGAGUCCUUCUUUAUCUCGUGUCCCCAUUUGCAAUGAUAGCCUUUCUCACUAUGGACAAGUCUCUGCAGUCGGUCCACAGGGUCUCCAUCAGUGUGGGCUUCACACGAGCCUUCAGAGUGGUGUGGCAGAGCUCAGAGGACGCCCUGCUCCAGAUGGUAGUGGUGGUCUUAGUGCGGCUUGCAGCUGGGAAUAAUAUACUACCAGGUUGGGCCAAUUUGGGAGCUGGAGUUCAGCUUCUUCUGGUGGGCCUCCUGAUUGACAGACUGAGCCAGUUUCUGGCCAAGCUGAAGUUCACCCUUACUGUGCUAGUGACAUCUUGGACAGAGAAGAAGCAGCGCCGUCAGUCAGCUGGAACUCUCCUGGCUCUGAACGCAUUGCUCUGCCCAUUGCUGUUGGCAGUGGUGACCCUCUCUGCUCUGCUUUCUGCUCCUUUGCUGCCCCUCUUUACUCUGCCUAUCUUCCUGGUGGGCUUCCCCAGGCCUCAGCGCAGUUGGCCGGGCCCAGUGGGCACCGCCUGUCCCUGUCCAGACUCCAUCUUCUACCAGCAAAUGAGUGGAAGUCUGGCGUCUGCACUGAGGACGGCCUUCGCAAGAGGCUCACUUGGUUCUAUAGCUCCAGGCUCUCAUUUCCUCGGCCGCUUUCAGGACCGUAUGGUUUGGAUAAUGAUCCUGGAGAGAGGAUACGGCUACUGUACGGUCAACAUCAAGGGUCUGGAGCUGCAGGAGACCUCCUGCCACACAGUGGAGGCGCGGAGGGUGGAUGAGGUGUUUGAAGCUGCUUUUGAACGCCCUGAGCGGCUCGGUUUCCCCCAAGGCCUGAACCUGCACUGGGGGAACGCCCUGACCCCUUGUGCUGCCCUGGCGGUCAGAGUUUACUCCGAUGCCCGAAACGUGCUCUCUGGUAUCAUCGACUCGCACGAAAACCUGAGGAAGCUACAGGAUGACUUCAUGAAAGCUCUGAUCUGGCUGCUUCUCCGAUAUUGUGUGCAGAGGCAUAAGGGAUUUUUAUGGAGCACCGAAGAGGUCUCCGGGAUUGGAGCCAUGAAGUCCCAGUCCUCCCACUUAGUCCAGACUACUAACCAGCCAUCUGAAGGUGUGAUGGUAGAAUCCAAUGUGUCUUCUCUCAGGUUCAGACAGGACAGCUCUAGCUUGACCUCUUUUGGGGAUUGGUCUGAUGAAGACGACCUUUUUGGACCACAACCAGCGAGACGGACGGUGGCGCUGGUGACUGCAGAAGCCCAAAUGGGACAUUCUGCACUUCAGACUGGGACUUCCCUACCAGGCUCUGUGGAAAUGGACAGUCUUUUUGAAAACAUGGCUCUCUCUGCCCUGCAGCCUUUGCAGCCGCUGGGACUUGGCAUCGGGAUGCCCGCCGUUGAUAAAGGCAGAAAUCCAGAGGUCUUCAGAGAGAGCCCUCAUCUGAACUUCAGCUGUCCUCAGUCCGAGGCUUUCAACCUGCCGGUAGGCUGGAGGGCAGCACCCUUGCUCCCGUCUCGUUUGCUGUCUGUUCGGCCUCUAUUUCCGGAGGAAUGGUUUCGGUUUUCCUUGGGACGCUUUGGGCUAGCUGUACAGGGUGAGACCUCAGAGGACAUGACCAAAGCCCUGAAGGAGGAUGAGGUUCUGAAAGAACUGCACGCUAAGGUAGCCCUCUCUUGUCUCAUCUCACUGGGGGCGGAGUCUGCCUUCACCAGUCCGAGUUACAUCUACAGGCUCUACUGUGGAGAUGUACCAUGGACGGAGGGACUCGAGUGGCUGUCCUCAAGUAAAGAACUCUACCAUCUCACACUUCAGGCUUUCAGGUUCAGUUUCAAGCUGUUGUUUGAUCAGGCAAGCCUUGGUCCAAUGGAAUCCCCUGAAGAGUUGUUCAGCACUUUGGAGGAAUAUGAAAGGGACUGGUACAUUGGCCUGGUGACUGAAAAAGGCUGGCAUGACAGUGUCCUUCAGGAAAAGCCCUAUCUUUUCUCUCUGGGACAUGACAUCACCAUGGGUACCUACACGGGGCGAGUUCUGUCCCUGCAGGAGCAGCUUGUGCAGGUGGGUCGUCUGAAUGGUGAAGGCGUCCGAGGCCAAUGGGCUAACCUUUCCUGGGAACUUUUGUACGCUACCAAUGAUGAUGAGGAGCGUUACAGCAUCCAGGCCCAUCCCUUCAUGCUUCGAAACCUAACUGUUCAGGCAGCCGAUCCUCCUUUAGGAUACCCAAUCUACUCAUCAGCCCCUCUUCACUUUCCCUGCCUCUGACCUGCGGUUCAACACGCCCUCCUUUUUUCCUUUUUAAACACAAACUGGAGCAGCAUGUGGUUUCUUCUCUACUUCCCAAAACUUUGAUGUGGAAAUGUGUGCUGAUACUCCCAAAUUGCAGAGAAAACCUCAGUUUUCUUUCACCUUAUUCUGACCUCUUACUACUUUUUUUGCUUUUAUCAUUAGAAAGAGGUUGUGACAUCAAUGCAUUUAGGGAGUUUCAAAGUCUUUAUCCCUUUUAAUUGCUAAUAUGGAGUACUUCCUCAAACAGGACCAGAAAAUAAAGACUGACCUUUUGGUCCCUAUAGCAGCAGUAAGUGAUGAUGGGUUUUCACUAAAGCACAAAGAUUUUAUGGGUGGAAGAGAGCUGCUUGUCCUUCAGAAGAAAAAAAAACUGUUGAAUACCUCUGGUUGUGAUGUUCUUUUAGAUUUCACAAUUUUUGUAUGAUUUCCCUCUCCAUGUCCUCCACAAAAAGGGACAAGAAUUUUAUUGUUCUGUUAAAGGAUAUUGAGGAUGUGCCUUGGGUAUGUGUUGCUGUAUGUGUUGUGUUCAGUGAUAUUGUUUACGAUUCAAUUGUUUACAGUCUAGAAAGAAGAAUUAAAUGAAUGUGUCCACUUUAUCUUGUACAUAAUGUUAAUUUUUAUAUGUGUAACUGUAUAUACUUGUAAUAAAAUAGGUUUGCAAAA